UAAGCAAAAAUGAGAGUGAAGUAAAAAUGUGGUAGAAUAUCAUGUUGUUUGGGGGGAGAGAAUGGUGAAUUGGAUUGAGCCUCACUCACACUCUUUUCUUCUGUGGCUAUGGUUUCCAUCUCUUUCUCUUUUUCUUCUUCCAUAGUUCCCACUCCAUUUCCCCUCGACAAAUCCACCAAAACCCGCGCCCAAAAUCCCAUCUUUCGGGUCACCCGUUUCGCCAUUUCAGCUCCUCCUUCCAAUUCCGUUGUCAAAAAGAGGCACUGGAAACAAGGAGAGUUUCCUGGUACUUCCGAAACAUCGUUGCCCCACAGUACGAGGAGGACCCCCAUUAAGAACAUCAAGAAGAAAUUGGAGAAAAAGAAUGAGGCAAAGGCAUGGGUCAACACCGUCACCGAAUCCUUAUCUGAACGCAUCGACAAGAAGCAGUGGCUUCAAGCCCUUCAGGUAUUUGAUAUGCUUAGAGAACAAACCUUUUACCAACCCAAAGAAGGGACUUACAUGAAACUUAUUGUGUUGCUUGGUAAAUCUGGUCAACCUCACCGUGCUCAUCAGCUUUUUACCACAAUGAUUGAAGAGGGUUUAGACCCUACUCCCGCACUGUACACGGCGUUGCUCUCGGCGUAUUGUAGGAGCAACUUGAUUGAUGAGGCAUUUUUGGUUCUUAAUGAGAUGAAGAAGCUUCCUCUUUGCCAGCCUGAUGUUUUCACUUACAGCACCUUGAUUAAAGUUUGUGUGGAUGCUUUCAAGUUUGAUUUGGUUGAGUUGCUGUAUGAAGAAAUGGCUGAAAGGUCAAUCAUGCCAAACACGGUUACUCAGAACAUUGUUUUGAGUGGUUAUGGCAAGGCGGGGAAGUUUGACCUGAUGGAGAAAGUGCUGUCCAGCAUGCUGGAGAGCACUACAUGCAAGCCUGAUGUUUGGACAAUGAACACAAUCAUCAGUGUCUUUGGUAAUAUGGGUCAGAUUGAUAUGAUGGAGAAAUGGUAUGAAAAGUUCCGUAAUUUUGGUAUAGAACCUGAGACACGCACUUUUAAUAUUUUGAUUGGCGCCUAUGGGAAGAAAAGAAUGUAUGACAAAAUGUCAUCUGUUAUGGAGUAUAUGCGUAAGCUGCAAUUUCCAUGGACAACCUCUACUUAUAACAAUGUGAUUGAGGCAUUUGCAGAAGCAGGUGAUGCAAAGCACAUGGAGUGUACAUUUGAUCAGAUGCGGGCUGAGGGUAUGAAAGCAGAUACCAAAACUUUCUGCUGCCUUAUCAAUGGUUAUGCAGGUGCAGGUCUCUUCCAUAAAGUAAUUAGCAGUGUUCGCUUGGCCGGAAAGUUUGAGAUACCCGAGAAUAUAGAAUUUUAUAAUGCAGUCUUAUCUGCGUGUGCAAAAGCAGAGGAUUUGAUGGAAAUGGAGAGAGUUUUCAAGCGUAUGAAAGAUAGUCAAUGUCAGCCAGACGACACAACAUACUCCAUCAUGAUCGAGGCAUAUAGAAAAGAGGGUAUGAAUGACAAGAUAUACUAUUUGGAGCUGGAUAAGAAGACUAUGAUGACUGAUGAUAAACAAGUGAGCCAGUUUGAGAAUGAAAUCUUUAGUUGAUUUGUGGUUUAUAGUUCAGGCUGUUAUUACAUCUGUAUUCUAUACCUCCAUUUUCUGGGAGCAGCUGUUUAUAGUGAAGGCGUGACCAGUUGCUGAGUUGCACAAUGAAGCUUCAAUUUUCAUGAUGAAUGACAGUAACUCCUACCUAACUUCCUUGUUGUAAAGUUAAACUUCUACACUUUUUGGUGUACAGAGUUUAUGAACUGAUAGUAGAGUUUAUUAGUUUAUUGUCAAUUUUUGGGCUCGUGUUAUGUUGAA